AUGUUAGAAGCCCGAGGAGAGGUCAUUACGUGGACAGUAUUUAAGAAUAGUUUUCUGGAAAAGUUCUUUACACCUCAUGUUCGUGCUACAAAAGAGAGGGAGUUUCUAAGCUUGGUGCAAGGAAACUUAUCUAUGUACGAGUAUGCAAUUCAGUUUGAGCGUCUUUAUCGAUUUUAUUCAUAUUCGACUUCAGAAGAAUGGAGAUGUCAAAGGUUCUUUGAUGGGUUGAGGACUGAUAUAAAAUGGAUUUUGAUUCUGUUGAGAAUCAUUGAGUUUGCUGACUUGGUAGAUCAAGCUACUAUUAUAGAAAGGCUCAAUUUAGAAGACGCUAAAGAGGUAGGAAAAACUCAGUCUAGCAGACAAGCCAGUAGUUAUAGAGGAAAUAAGGGUGUCAGGAUGAGCCCUUAUGACAGAUCAAAUUGUCAACAAUAA